UUCCAGAACGCUCGGGGAGAGGUGGAGGAGCGGCGGCUGCCUGAGCUGCGCGCAGCAACGCGCUCUUUCCAGCUCCUCCACGCCUGCCUCGGCCCGCUCACCGGCUGUCAAAAAUGGUGAAAGAAACUACUUACUAUGAUGUUUUGGGGGUCAAACCCAAUGCCACCCAGGAAGAACUGAAAAAGGCUUAUAAGAAGCUGGCCUUGAAGUACCACCCGGAUGAGAAUCCAAAUGAAGGAGAGAAGUUUAAACAGAUUUCUCAAGCUUACGAAGUGCUCUCUGAUGCAAAGAAAAGGGAAUUAUAUGACAAAGGAGGAGAACAAGCAAUUAAGGAAGGUGGAGCAGGUGGUGGUUUUGGAUCCCCCAUGGACAUCUUUGAUAUGUUUUUUGGAGGAGAAGGAAGGAUGCAGAGAGAAAGGAGAGGUAAAAACGUUGUGCAUCAGCUCUCCGUAACCUUAGAAGACUUAUAUAAUGGUGCAACAAGAAAACUAGCUCUACAAAAGAAUGUGAUUUGUGACAAAUGUGAAGGCCGAGGUGGUAAGAAAGGAGCAGUCGAGUGCUGUCCCAAUUGCCGUACUGGAAUGCAAAUAAGAAUUCAUCAGAUAGGCCCUGGAAUGGUCCAGCAAAUUCAGUCUGUGUGCAUGGAGUGCCAGGGCCAUGGGGAAAGGAUCAGUCCUAAAGAUAGAUGUAAAAGCUGCAAUGGAAGGAAGAUAGUUCGAGAGAAGAAGAUUCUAGAAGUUCAUAUUGAUAAAGGCAUGAAAGAUGGCCAGAAGAUAACAUUCCAUGGUGAAGGAGACCAGGAACCAGGACUGGAGCCAGGAGAUAUUAUCAUUGUUUUAGAUCAGAAGGACCAUGCUGUUUUCACUCGACGAGGAGAAGACCUUUUCAUGUGUAUGGACAUACAGCUGGUUGAAGCAUUGUGUGGCUUCCAAAAGCCAAUAGCUACUCUUGACAACCGAACCAUAGUCAUCACCUCUCAUCCAGGUCAGAUUGUCAAGCAUGGAGAUAUCAAGUGUGUAUUAAAUGAAGGCAUGCCAAUUUAUCGUAGACCUUAUGAAAAGGGUCGCCUAAUCAUCGAAUUUAAGGUAAACUUUCCUGAGAAUGGCUUUCUCUCUCCUGAUAAACUCUCUUUGCUGGAAAAACUCCUACCUGAAAGGAAGGAAGUAGAAGAGACUGAUGAAAUGGACCAGGUAGAACUGGUAGACUUUGAUCCAAAUCAAGAAAGACGGCGUCAUUACAAUGGAGAAGCAUAUGAGGAUGAUGAACAUCAUCCUAGGGGUGGUGUUCAGUGUCAGACCUCUUAAUGGGGCCAGUGAAUAACACUCACUGCUGGCAUUUUAUAUACAGUAGUGAAUGAGUGAAGGACUGUAACCAUAAUAUGCUCACUACUUGCUAUUGUUUUUGUUUUAAUAUUCAAGUAUAGUAGUGUUUUAAAAGGUAAAUGAAGAAUAAACUCAAAUAUAAAAGCUCAAA